AGACAGUCGGCUUUUCACGAUUAUUCCAAAUGUCAGUAAGCAAAAAUCGUGCAAUGUGUAAAAUAAUAUAUAUUAAUAUAUUUAUAUCUAAAAAAAGAAAAAAUGGCGAAUUAAAAAGUUAAGUACCUGACGGCCACACAUGUAUUAUGGAUGUUUAAAAAAAGAUAGUUAUUAGCAGAGAUAUUAAUGUAUAAUUCAGUUACUAUAUUAUUUGCAUUACAAGUUCGAAUACAGUGAAUAUUGUGUCUUUCAUAUGAUUUAGUAUGCUAGUUUUGAAACCAUUUAUGAAUGCCAAAUUAUUAUAUAAAAAGAAUAUAUUUAUCAAACCUGUAUUAUAUAUUAAAAAUGAUACAGACAUUAUUUUUGGGGUAAAUGCUCUAUUUUGUUCUACAUUGAGUUUUAUAAAAGUCUUUACAUUAGGAUUUACAAAAUAUAGACACUAAGUAUUAACUUAGUCAUGAAUGGAAACCCACCUUGACUGAAUAUGCAAUCUCUUUGCUUUCUACCAGAAGUGUCAAUCGUCUUUAUGUUUACAGAUGUAUUGUGCCAAAAUUAAAAUCACGUUCGUGACUAUCUAACAGGUUUCCAAUACACCCAUAUAUAGAUAUAUAUAGGUACAAUAUAACUGCAUUUAUAUUGUUACUGUAUGGUUCAAUCUUUAUAUAUAAAAAAAAAGACAGAAUAUUACUUGAAUUACAGUAAUUUUGCAAGUAUUUUGGUGUGUAACUAUGAAGAAGAAGGAAUAUUCUCUCUCUCUAUAGAUAAUUACAAUUAUCAAACAUUUCACACAUAAAACAUAGUAUGUUGUACAACAAUGGCCUUAAUUAUAUUAUUACUUGAUAUUAUUAUGAAAAUAUUUAUAUUACAUGAAGUUUGAUCUGUUAUUACUGAUUUGUAUAUUAAUUAAUAAUUAUAUUCCUAGCAAUUGUUAUAACAAAUGUAACAAUUGUGUACAUAUUAUAAAAUAUAUUUAUAUCAUAAAUAAUUUAUUUAUAGUACGUUCAUGUAGCUCUAUAAUUUUAUAUAAUAAUAUAAUCUGAUUUGUAUUUACUUAUUUAUAUAGUAAUUGUAUAUUAAAAUUAAAUAUGCAUUACAUACUCAUAUGUAUGUAUAUAUAGCAUAUAUAUAACGUAUGUACAGUAUUGACACUGUAAAGCAUUGUUAAGAAUGCUUUUAUAAGAACAUUAAUUGUAAUAGGACAUGCGAUAUACAUAUGUAUCGUGAUAUUGUAAGAAACAAAGUACAAAGUGAUUGGUUAUGAGUUUAUUCACACUAUGUAUUUUUUGUCCUUGUAAUUUUGCAGUGGACCAAAGUAUUGUAGAAUAAUAUACAAAGCAAAACAUGUAGCAUUGCUGUCAUUGAUAUGCUUUCUUGAUAUGAGUGUGUACUUCUCAUAACAAUGAAAAAUAAAGAAUUAUAUAUUGGCGAAGAAAAUUGUUUAUCAUUCUGCAAAACAGACAUGUUAUCGGUAACAGAAACGAUAACGGACUCUCAUUAGUCAUUAAAAAUUGCGUGUAAGCACGUCAACACCCCCGAAGGGUUUCCAUGGUAAUAAUAGCAAACAAAACGAGAAAGAACGGCCGACAAUGGAUAUUUCUGAGAUCGGUCAUUAUCGUUAAACUGGUUAAACACUUUGGGAUCUCGAUACAAUAACGUAAUCAUGAAAAUUAUUACGCGCUCGUGCUUUUUUUCGCAAUGUGAAAAAAAUUACAACUCUGACAAAUUUUUAAUAAAGCAAUAGAGCUUACGCGAGCGAUCCAUUUUGUGCCAUAGUCAUAAUAAAGUAUUUGGAUCGCAUGCACGCGGCGGUAUAGCAUCAGUGAUAAAGUAAGAAAAUAAAAUAUGGAUAAUGUUACGUAUGAUAAGACCAAAAAAACGAUUUUACCCUUGCCCGAUAGCACAAUUGAAAUGCCAUCGUGGUUGCUGGAAAUGACUGACAAUGUAGGAAAAAUAAAUGUAGAUAACGAUGCCAAAUCACUACAAAUGGAAGCAUUUUUGACUGAUGAUCAAUAUUAUUUUAAAAAUUCUUUUCUUGAAAAGGAAGCUGAUGAUACAAAUACAAAACCCAUCGCAUGCUUAAGUGAUCUUUAUGAUGUCGACGACAAUAUUAAAUUACAAACGUCUGCGAGCAAAUCACUGCCAAAUACACCAAAAAACGGAGAAGUUAAACAAACAAGAACACGCGCCUGUUCUGCAAUUGUAAAUGCGAAACAUCGUACAAGAGACGAUUUUCGCGGAUUAGAUGCAUAUUUAGAAAGAAAGCAAACAGAAAUGCACAGCAAUUAUUUAGCAUCUGACGAAUAUUAUAGCAACAAUGCGAGGAUUUGCGAUAAGGAAUCUAAUUUGGAAUAUUCUACGAAUAUUCAGGAUCGCGCGAAUACACGAUUACAUUUAUUGGACGACAAUUAUUAUUCUAGCACCAGUUCUACCUUCAGCAUAAAGAGUGAAGAAAAAGCAAAAUUGUUAUCUAUUCAAGAAACUUCUAAAUCCUCUAGUUUACUUGAAAACGAUUUCGUCAAAAGUAUAGAUCACACAUCAAAUAAUGAUUUGCUAGGGACAGAUAAAAUUUACAGAAACUUUAUUAUUCCCGAAUUACCAUCCGGAGACUCGUUAGUUAUUGAUAUUCUUUCUACCUGGGGCGACAAAUAUUACAUAGGGCUCAAUGGCAUUGAAAUUUUUUCAAAUACCGGAGAACCAGCUAAAAUAAAAGAAAUCUAUGCAGAUACGAGCAUUAAUCAAUCACUGGAUAACAAUCGUAACCCUCAUAUUGUAAAUAACUUGAUUAAUGGCAUUAAUCGAACGAGAGAUGAUGCAAAUUUAUGGUUAACGCCUUAUACAAGUGGUGAUCAUCAUUAUGUUCAUAUGAUAUUUGAAUACACGAUUACUGUAGCAAUGAUCAGAAUAUGGAACUAUAACAAAUCCAGAAUACAUUCUUUUAGGGGAGCCAAAGAUAUUAUCAUUAAACUGAAUGACAUUACCAUUUUUGAUGGAGAAAUUGCUAAAGCGUCAGGGGAUGAUAUGGGUAGCCUUGAUUCCUUUGGUGAUACUAUAUUAUUUACGACGGAUGAAAAUAUUCUGGAACUGAUAUCAAAACAUGAUAAUACGUUCAUAGAAUUCAAUAAUGGGAUGUCAGAUUAUGAGGAGAAAGAAACAAUUCGCCCAAUAACAGCAACAACCAAUGAUAUUACUUCAGCAAGACAUAAAAAUAACGAUCCUAUUGAGAAUUUUUCCAAUUUAUAUACCAAUAGCAAAAUUUACAAGACACCUUCUACCACUCUGUGUUGUAAAGAAGUUCAGUUGAUUAUUAUUUCCAAUUGGGGUUUACAGCAUCUGGUUGGUCUUACUGGUAUAGAAUUAAUUGGAAAUCAAGGUAUAACAGUUCCAUUAACGGAUGCUAAUUUAUAUUGUAAUGUAGAAAAUACGCAUUUAACGAAUCUGAUCGACGGACAUAAUAUUACAACUGAAAUGGAUCACAUGUGGUUAGCAGAUGUAAUAUCGAAUAAAAGAAUUGAAAUAACUGUUACUUUUGAUACAGAUGUGUACCUAACAGGAAUGCGGAUUUGGAAUUAUAAUGCAUCUCUGGAACUAUCUUAUUGUGGAGUAAAACGAUUAGUAGUUAAAUUGGACGAUAAACAAUUACACGACGAAAAUCUUGAAGGCUUUUUAUUAAGACGCGCACCGGGAUCUUGUCAUUAUGAUUUUGUUCAAGAAAUUAAUUUCGCUAAUAAUCCAUCUGCCCAAAUGCGUCUUUCGGAUCAUUCCGCUGAUUUAGUUAAAUCGCCCGAAGAACUUGCGUCUUUGGAUUCAAACUAUGAAGCACCGUCAAUGCCGCAGGGAUUCGUUUAUCAAAUAAUAAUCUUCUCCACAUGGGGAGACUCUUACUACGUUGGCCUGAAUGGAAUACAAAUAUAUGACAAUUAUGGAAAUGAAGUCAAGUUAACUGCAGAUAAUAUAGCCGCAUUUCCUGAAAGCGUUAAUAUAAUAGAGGGCAUAAAUAAUGACAUUCGUACACCGAACAAACUUAUCGACGGAAUAAAUAAUACUAAAGACGGACGUCAUGCUUGGUUAGCACCUAUACUUCCUGGACAAACCAAUCGUGUGUAUAUAAUAUUUUAUCACCCUGUUAUGGUAUCAACGAUUAAAAUAUGGAAUUAUGGAAAAACGCCGCAAAGGAGAGUUAAAGAAUUUGCAAUAUUGGUAGAUGAUCUGUUAGUUUACAAUGGAACUUUAGAUAAACAUAAUUCAUAUGGACUGGUAACGUUUAUGAAAGAAAGCAGUAAUAAUGAAAAUCUGGUGAACUGCUCGGAACAAGAGGAUCGCCUUUUAAAUUUACGAAGAAAUACCUUAGGUGCUAAUACACUACCAGAUCCAUCUCUUCGUCCACACACAUCUUUACAAUUUAAAGAAUCGUAACACUACAUACAUAUUUGUAUGCAUAUUUGUAUACAUAUACUUGUGUUGGUAUAUAAUAUUUACAAAAUAUAUUUAAACUGUAUGUGUAUUUUUAUAUCUAUAUUAAAAAUCGUUUUCAUUUUUAUAAUGAAAUAUCUUGUUUAAAUAAUUAAUAAUUACAAUGUAGCAUAUAUACACAUCAAUAUAUAAUAUCCAUAAAUUAUGGUAUAUUUUUGCGCAACAAUAAUUAUAUGAAUAUCAUUUAUAAAUUCUUGUCUUGGAACUUGUAAAAACAUAAAAAUUAAUAAAAAUUCUAAUAAAAA